GACUCGCUCCGCGUGUAAACACGGUACGGUAGAGCGUGUGCACGUUUUGUUAGCGGCGCAGACGUAGAAGUGCACCGGAGGGGAAGCGAAGCUAUUACCAUUGGUUCCCACUUGUCACGGUGAAACCAAGCAGCCUUUAGGCUUCAGAUUUUGGUAUGGAGUUUCAAGCUGUGGUGAUGGCUGUAGGCGGAGGAUCCCGCAUGAUGGAUCUGACCUCAAAUAUCCCUAAAGCUCUUCUUCCUAUUGGUAAUAAACCCUUGAUAUGGUACCCACUCAACCUGUUGGAACAAGUUGGUUUUGAAGAAGUCAUUGUGGUUACAACGAAAGAUGUUCAGAAAGUGCUAAACUUGGAGACAAAACUGAAGCUGGAUAUUGUAUGUAUUGCUGAUGAUGCAGAUAUGGGAACUGCAGACUCAUUACGGCAUAUUCAUGAGAAAAUAAAGACAGAUGUGUUGGUGCUGAGUUGUGAUCUAAUUACAGAUGUUGCUCUUCAUGAAGUAGUAGAUUUAUUUCGAACUCAUGAUGCCACACUCUCCAUGUUAAUGAAGAAGGUCUGUGAACCCACAGAACUCGGACCUGGACAAAAAGGAAAGAAAAAAUUAGUGGAACAGCGUGACUUCAUUGGAGUAGAUGACUCAGAGAAGAGGUUGCUUUUCAUGGCCAAUGAAGCAGAUCUGGAUGAAGAAAUUAUCAUUAAAAGAUCUAUCCUUCAAAAGCAUUCACGAAUUCACAUUAGGACAGGUUUGAUGGAUGCUCAUCUGUACUGUUUGAAGAAAUGUGUCGUAGACUUCCUUGUGGAGAACAGGACAUUUACUUCAAUCAGAAGUGAACUGAUCCCAUACUUGGUUAGAAAGCAGUUUUCCUCGCCUGCACAAUUUCAACAGGACCAAAACCACAAAGAACAAGACCAAAAGAAAAAGGACCAGAAAACAGACAUUUAUAGCUUUAUGAAGGGUGAUAGCUGGUUUGAAUUGGGUACAGACAAAAUGUGUUGGAACAAUUGCAGAGGAGAUGUAAAAGAGGCAUUCCAUGGAGGAAAAAUUCGUUGCUAUGUUCACAUCAUGAAAGAUGGACUAUGUUACCGAGUUAACACUCUUGGACUAUAUAUUGAAGCAAACAGGCAGGUUCCCAAACUGCUGCCUUCACUUUGUCCUGAAGAACCUCUGGUUCAUAGUUCUGCACAGAUUAUUGAUAAGUGCAUGGUUGGAUCUGACAGCAUUGUAGGUGCAUCUUCUCAAAUAGGCGAAAAGACUUCAGUAAAACGUUCUGUCAUUGGUACUUCAUGUUUGAUCAAGGACAAAGUUAAAAUUACUAACUGCAUCAUCAUGAAUUCUGUCAGAAUUGAAGAAGGGUGCAGCAUACAGAAUUGUGUCAUUUGCCAUCAUGCAGUGAUAGAGAAAGGAAGUGACCUCAAGGACUGUUUAAUUGGAAAUAGCCAGCACCUGGAAGUUAAUUCUAAACAUGCAAAUGAAGUUAUUAUGGGCACUGAACAGCUGAUGGAAAUCUGAGUCUGGCAGAACUGAAGGAUGGAUUUCUGGCAAACUGAACCAAUAGCUCAGCUGGAGAUUGUGCUACAUGAAUUUAUCCUGGCAUCACUGAUGCUGACAGCUACUCCUGCUCCGACUUCUUCUUUACCUCUUAAUAAAGAAAUAUUUACAAUG